GCGGCGCCACCGGCUCAGGAGUGGACGCGUCCGCUUUAAGGCGCGGUGACCCACGGCCGCAGGCGGGGCGGGGACGGCGCGGGCGUCCGGAGGCGAGUGCGAGGGCGCUAGUGCGCGGCACCCGGCCCACCAUGCUGACCGCGCUCGGCCCGCCUGGCCUGCCCGGGCUCCCGGGUCGGCUGUCCUCGGCACCCGCUCGGCGCCAGGACUCCUCUGGUUCAUCCGGCUCCUACCACACGGCUCCAGGUUCCCCAGAGACCCCAGCCGUUGGGCCGGACGCGGAGGGCCGGGCGAAGUGGCCCCGGGUGGCCCCUGCGCUGGGGGCGGACGCGCAGCCUCGCCUGUCCGUCAGCGCCCAGAAUAGCCGCCAGCAGCCAGCGCCCGGCUCGGGUUUCCCGCGGGGCCCCGGCUCGGACCCGCGGCCAGCCCUGCCCCAGCUGCGCACACUGCCGUCGGGGGAGAUGGAAGUCAUCUUCAACGCCGGACCCCUGUUCCGCCGCUGCGACGCCGCGGAGAGCGAAGUGCCGCCGUCCUCCCAGCCAGCCUUCUGCAGCUCCUCUCCGCCCCGGGCCGGGUCUCCCGCCCCCGCCGCACCGCAGGACCCCGGCCCCGACGGUGGCUCCCGCUGGGCCACCUACCUGGAGCUGCGGCCCGGCGGGCCGAGUCCUGCCACCCCGACGCAAUUCGAAUGUGUGGAAGUGGCGCUGGAGGAGCGGGCUGCGCCCGCCAGGCCCCGAACGGUGCCCAAGCGUCAGAUCGAGCUGCGUCCUCGGGCCCGCAGCCCCCCGCGGGAGGCCAGCGCGCCCAAUCCCCGCCUGCUGCUGCGCACCGGCUCCCUGGACGAGUCACUGGGCCGCCUGCAGGCCGCCGCGAACCUCGUGCAAACCGCGCUGGCCAGAAAACUGGGCCCCGCGGCCCUUGCCCCGAGCACCGCCACCUUCGGAUCCACGGGACGGCCGGAGCCCGAGAUCCGGGAUGCGGCGCGCAGCACCCGAGUGGUCCCUGAGCACGCCAAGGCUCGGCCGCCCCGGGUGCUUGAAAAUUCAAGCUCCGCCAAAGCCCCACGGCCCUGGCCCAGCCUCCGGGAGCGCGCAAUUCGGCGGGACAAACCCGCUCCUGGCACCGAGCCGCUGGGUCCAGUGAGUUCCAGCAUCUUCUUGCAGUCGGGGGAGAAGACCCACGAGGCGCACAGCCAGUUACCCAAGACGCGGCUUUCGCGAGAGCCCCUGGAUAGGAUCAUCCCGAGAGCACAGAGUCCGCCUUUGGAGUUUCGGGGCCCCUGGGAGGUUCCCAGUAAAGCCGUGAACCCGCUGUGGCAGGCUCCGAAUGGAAGCGUGCGAGGCUCUCACCGCCCCGGCCCCCAAAACCUGCCGCCGUGGGAACAGGCCAUUCGGAGGGUGAGUAGCCCGCCGCACCCCGAAGCCUCCGCCGUGGAGGACACCGCCAGCAGAAGGAGCCCGUCCCCUCCGACCCUCUCUCAGUGGGAGCGAGAUGUCGCCCGGGUGGGCAGCGUGUCCCUCGAAGCCCCUUCCCCGUGGGAGAUUCCGCAUCAUCCGGCAGUGGAGGACGCACUGGUAGGGAGCAGGAGCCCGUCCCCGCAGGCCUUGUCCUCGUGGGAGGCUGCCCACCAUCCCGUUGAGGCGUGGGAAACGUGGGAACCCACUGCGCAGGGCUCACCCACCGCGUCUCGGCGGGACGCUCUGAACGGUACCGCCCCGGAGGAGGUGGUGCCGUCCGCACCGGGGACACCCGAGUUCACGGCGGUUCCGAGCCCGUCCUCGCGGGAAACGCGCGGUCUUGGCGAUCGGCGGUUGCCAGAGGGGGCUGCACCCGAGCUGCCCCUCUGUCGCCUGGAGGGCAACGAGGGCCCGGAAACCUGGGGUCCUGGAGAAGCAGCCUCGGGCCGCCGGCGCGUGGCCAUCCCGCGACCCCGCGACGUGCGCCAGAUGGUGAAGACCACCUACGCGCCCAGCUUUCCGGCGGGGUCGUCGGGCUCUGGGCAGCCAGCGCCUCCUGCGGACCCCCGCAGCGAGGAGGGCGGCGCCUCCAAGACGCAAGACCUCCAGGCGCUGGGGGCUCCAGCCCCGGGCCACUACACUUCCGUUUUUCUAAAAGACUUUCUGCCCGUCGUGUCGCACCCUUACGAGCCUCCGGAGCCGACCCCCGAUACCGCUCCCAGGGACGCUUCGAAGCCCAACGGCGCCCCGCGGCGCAGAGCGGAGAACAGCACGGCCAAGCCCUUCGCGCGCACCGAGAUCCGCCUGCCCGGCGCCUUGGCCCUGGGCCGCCCGCCCGACGGCUCGCGGGGCGGCGGCGUGCGCGCGCCGGGCGGCGGAGAGAACCGCGAUGCCGAGCCUCCGCGCCUGGUCCCCGAAGGCGAGGGUGGGCCCAGCCCCGCGGAGCGAGCCGCUCCCUCCUCGCCCCAGCGAUCACCCGUGGGUGGCAUCGGGGCGCGCGCACCCCGCCCCAGCUCCCCACAGGCGCACCCUCACUCGAGUCCCGGGCGAGCAGCCCGUCUGGAGGCGAGCCCAGCGGCCCCCGAGUCCUUCCCGAGGGCGCCGCAGGAGGCGGCGGGCGGAGCGACCCCGCCGCACCCCCGUGCGGCCUCGGCGCCUCCCGCGGACCGCAGCCGCGAAGGCCCCUUCCAGGGGCCGCUCAGGCCGCCUGGGGCAGCAGCGCCCGGGAAGGUCCUAGUGGACCCGGAGAGCGGCCGUUACUACUUCGUGGAGGCGCCGCGGCAGCCUCGGCCGCGACUGCUCUUCGACCCCGAGAACGGGCAGUACGUGGAGGUGCUGCUGCCGCCCUCGCCUCCGGGGCCCUCGCGCCGCGUCUACACCCCGCUGGCGCUGGGCCCCGGCCUCCUGCCGCCCGCCUACGGGCCGCUGCCCGGCCUCCCUCUGCCCCCGGCCCCGGGCUCGCCGGCCUUCAGCGGCCACCAGCUUCCUUGGGCCGCCGAGCCGGGGCCCCUGGACGGGAUGUACUACCUGCCAGUGAGUGGGACCCCUAGCCCCGCGCCUCCUCUGUUCCUCUGUGCACCGCCCCCUAGCUCGGGGCCCCAGCAGCCCCGCAAGGCUCCCGUAUUUCCUGUGUGAGGCCCCUGGCCCGGUACCCACAUCGUGGACCUGUUGAUGGCCUUGGAGGACCCACCCAGUCCCUGCCCUCCAUCACCUCUGCUCGCUUCACUCC